AACAAUACAUAACCCAAUCGAAGAAAAAUAAUUACUGAGCGUUCAUGGUGCGCAGUGCAGUUGCACUACAAUGCACAGAGAACCACGGCUCCUAAACAUUGCUAUUUCCUGUGGAAGUCUUCGGGCAACUUCCGUUGAAAUCAUCAGUAAACCACCACAACAACAGACAGCUGAUGGCCAAGAUGGCGACUGGGUAUGUAGGAGAGGCCACCUUGGACCCUAAAGAAACGGGGGACCAAAUCAAGGCUAUUUUACGGCGUUGUAGAGGUCGGCCCAGGCUUACCGACUCCGACCGAGCACAGAGGCGACUGGAGUCAAGGAAGAAGUACGACGUGCGGCGAGUAUACCUUGGAGAGUCACACAAGAUUUGGAGUGAGCUGCGCCGGCAAACUACCUUGAGCGAUGCUGGUUUAGCGGAGUAUUUGAUUCUCUUGAAUUCUGCAUAUGGAGAGAGAUAUCAGCAGCGAUAUGGCGGGAAGAAGACCAUUCCAGAACUGUGUGGCAAUCAGAGAAAGAGCAAGAGGACCCCUGUUACCAGCUUGCAGACGUUAGUUGGCUGGUACCAGGAGCACUCCCAGACCUGUCCACAUGAGCCCCAGCUGAAAGCGCUUGAGCCAGUCCUUGGCCUGUCCACCUCCGUGCUGUGGCAGUGCGAUGCCGGACACUCGUUUGUGCAGCACCUGUCCUGGCCAGCUGGGGGUGGCAGCGAGUCUGAGGCAGAGGACGAGGCCGAGGCCGAGGCCGAGGCCGAGGCCGAGGGAGAGCCUGAGAGGGAGACCAGGGUUGAGAUGAUGUCGGGGGUCAACACUCGGGGAAGGCGGAAAGCACGCCAAGAGGAACUGAAUGACCCUAGCAUAGCCAGUGCUGAUGUCUCCCAGGCCGCCCACGUGACCGUGAGCCACGAGGACCAGAUCGCCGCCCUCGCCCAUCUCACAGCGUCCGCCAGCGUUGCGCACGAUUGCACAUCGGGCACUGAGUGCCCAGCGGAGAGCCAGCCUGUGUGGGAGAUGGAGGUGGUCAUGGAGGGCCAAGCAGCCCAGGCACUUGGCAAGCCUGACCACAAGGGCUCCUGUGUAGAUGCGGGACGUGACCCGGGCCUGGCGGAGGACGGCGUUGGGCAGCUGGGCAUGGCUGCGGUCGGCUUAGGGGCCGAGGCGGUCCCCUCUAGCUAUGAGUGUGUUGUCGUGACACAGGCCCUGAUGGACAGGCCGGCGGUGCACGAUGGGGAUGGGUCGGGCAAUGCUGGGGCCACCCUGUUGCAGGCGAGCCCUGCGGGCACCAUGCCCAUGCAGGGCCAGGCUGGAGAGCUGUUUGAGCCACAGACACUGCAGACUGUUGUCAGCAGCUGUGAACUGCCUGAGCAGAGGGGCACGCUGGAAGCAUCACAGCUCAUAAUCAUCACUGGCCCCAGUUACGAAGCACUGACGUCGGAAGGCAUCCAACUCAACAUGGGUUCUAGUGACGGUGAGGAGGUCACCUGCGCCGUUAUAGAGGGCAUGGCCUACAACCAGAUGUGUCAGGCAGAGGCUGGCCUCAGGGGGCCCAUUACUGACUCAACGGAGGCAGUCACAGUCGUUCCAGAGAGACAGCAGCUCCAGCCUACGGAGGAGGUGCACAGCCUCCGGACUCCUAGCACCAAGGAGCUACAGCGCAGCCUCUCAAGGUCCAAAAGGAGGCGGCGCGGUCCUGUCAUAGAGGCUGAUGGGAUGCUGAAGAUGUUCCACUGUCCGUACGAGGGCUGCAGUCAGGUGUAUGUGGCCAUAAGUAGCUUUCAGAACCAUGUUAACCUAGUCCACAGGAAAGGACGGACAAAGGUGUGCCCCCAUCCUGGCUGUGGGAAGAAGUUCUAUCUCUCCAACCACCUGCAUCGCCACAUGAUUAUCCACUCAGGUGUCCGUGACUUCAUCUGUGAGACGUGUGGCAAGUCCUUUAAGAGGAAGAACCACCUGGAGGUGCACCGGCGCACACACACAGGAGAGACCCCACUUCAGUGUGAGAUCUGUGGGUACCAGUGCCGGCAGCGCGCCUCCCUCAACUGGCACAUGAAGAAGCACACGCCCGAGGCCCACUACAACUUCACGUGCGAGCACUGCGGGAAGCGCUUCGAGAAGCUGGACAGCGUCAAGUUCCACAAGCUCAAGAGCCACCCGGAGAAGCAAGCAGUGUGAGGAGAACGACCAAAAAAAAAAGCACUAAAAGGGGCAUUACAGAUGCUGUGAGAAUGACUGCGUUGUGGACAGAUAGAAAGGAUGGAUUGGAAGAGAAGAAUGAGGGCAGAGACUGUCCACAGAGGGUCAAUAUGAAAGUGCAAUAUGAAAUUCUAGAGGUGAGUCCGGGGAACGGAGGGUGUGGAACGGAGGCUUCCUGAGAGCGUCCGGCCACUGUGACGACAGGCGUCCUGAUUGAGAAUGUCCUCUGUGCUGGUCCUCUGACUCUGCUGGACUGUGCUGGACAUGGCCUGCAUUGGGCUAUCAUGCCGGCUACAGGACUGUAUUUUGCCCAGACUGUGCUGCUAGGGCUUGUGGCUUGAUCCACAGUAUCUGCAUUUCCUGUUUGACAGCAUCCAAAUAGAAGGGACAGAGGAUCACUGGUACAGCUGAGACUAUUGUGUCUGUGCUCAAGUGAUGAUUUUCUGCAUUUCUGGAUUAAACAUCCGUACUUCACUCCCUCUUAUUCGUUACAUAUACAUCAAUGGACAACAAGGUACAGGUGCAACUGAAGCCCCUGCAGUAAGGCACACUGUUGUGAUUGACGCACUUUCUACACAGUUGAUUGGUGCACUAAACUCAGAGAACUAAACAUGGUUUCUUCAGAGAUAUGGUUCAAAGUCAAAGACUUUUCCUCUGAUGAAACGCAGGGGUCGCAAUUCAUCGGCACAAUAAUGUAUACAUGGACAUCUCAGUCUAAACCCUCUCCUGUGAAACCUGUUGAAGCUGUAUGUGCUGCCUAUACUCUCAGGAAAUGUAAACCAAUGACGUGUUGGUUUGUGAAUUAGUGUCUGUGACUGCUCUCCCCCAUGUCCCUUCACUCCCAGCUGUCUACAGUGGUCUAGAGUGUGACUUGCCGUUGCAGUUUCACCUUCUCGAUAAUUGAAAUUAAAUGAACAAACAGUUCUAAUUUAUAGGGUUUUUUUUUUUCUUUCCUUGGUUCUCUGCUUGUAUCAUAGAAAUGGAAUAAAUCUGUAAGAUAUGUGAAUAUAAUGUGAAUAGAGAAUGUACAGGUACCCUCAAAAGAGAAUUGUUUUGGAUAAAUAAACAAGGCACUGUAUGGAAAGUUGCGCACCCUUUUGUUGAGAAGUAAGGCGGUACUCAUGAAUAUUUCCGUAAAUCAACAUCUCCAGCCACUAUUGUGCUCUUACAUCAGCUGUGUUUUAAUGGCUUUUUACAAGUGUUGUGAAACAGUAUGUACUGUAUGGCCACAUACAGUAAACUAUAUGUGGCCAUAAUGCUAUCACAUGUAACAGUGUGUACUGAGCUGCCAAACCCACUGUACUCCACAGUCUCUUCAGUGAUUACCUGAGGAAAAGCAGGAAGAGAGAAUGGCAAGGAGUCAUGUGAUGAGGUUGUACAGUUGGGCGUUUUUUAGAGAUAUUUCAAUCUGCAAUAUGUAUACCUUUUAUCGCGAUUUUGAAUAUUUUAAAGCAUAUUCUGUCACUUAUACAAAUACAAAUAUGUAUUUAAAAUUAUUAACUUAUUUAUACAUAAUAAGAACACAAUUGGCAGUUACGUACAGUGAACUGACCUACAGAACUUCUCUGCUGCAAAUUCCUCUUUC